AUGAAUAUCGCACGUGCCCCUCGUACACACCGGGUAGUACACUGUGCGGAGUCUGAGACGGUUGUUGAUGAGAACCGUGAAGUUAAAUAUUGUGUUAAACACUCUACGUUGAACCCGGACUUCCCCUUCGUGGUAUGGGCAAAUAGGGGAUACGAAGACGAGCUAACCAAACUCUACUCCGACUUGCCCAAAGAGAUUACGAAUGGUUUUUGUGAAAGCGGUAUCGCGUACGGCCGAGCCGUGAUCCGGUCCGGCAUUAUCAUCGAGACUGAAGGUGGUAGUGAACUACCAGAAUAUAUGUGGCGUGCAACUCAUAGCAGACAGCCUUUCAAUGGUAUCAAGUCGAGAAGCCGUAAUGGAACAAACACCGUCUACGUUUCUAUUCACUUCCUGAUGCAUUAUAACUGGAACUGCCGUAAGCCAAGCCCCUUCAUGUCGUGGACUGACGAGAGAGACAAAGCUUGUCGCAUGGCUGCAUACUUCGAAGCCAAGGGCUAUACUGGUAUCGAGAUACACCGAGUCCGCACGUAA